UUCACAUGCCUUAAACAGCGGGAAGAGUUUAUUUUAAAGAUUUUACUAAUUGUUUCAACUUUCAUUAUCAAAAUAACAAAGAAUACAUUUAUUCUAUGUUCAUUUUACAUUUUAAAUAAUGGAAGAUCACUGUGACGAUGAUACAUUCACCCUUUGGCAAAACUUCAAUGCUUCUACUCUGCUCGUAUUCAACAAUUUGGAGCAUCUUGCAGACGGUCUCGAUAAAUUGUUACCUUCUAUCUUAAAACUAACCGGCGAUUGUUCAGAAGUAUUGGUGCCUCGUCCGGGGGCUGCCAAGUGUCCGGAUUCCUAUUAUUGCGCCUUUAAUACAUGGCUUCUUGGCAGAUUAUUCUAUGUGUGCUCAGUGAAAGAGCUAGAUCGGUUUCACUUAACAAGCAAGGAUUUUCAAGUAAAAAUUUUAAACAUUCUAUGCACAAAUGGAGCAACAUUCUAUAAAAAAUUACACUCUGAGUACUACAUGAUUUUACUACAACUUUUGCAGUAUUAUACAGAUGCUCAAAGUAAUAAUAGUGCACAUUUAGUGCUAGAAAAUUUCACUCCUGAGGAUGUAAAAAUGCCAAAUCUUAAUAUCAACUUAGAACCAAUUUGCGUUAAAGUAAAAGAUAUUAAUACAUGCAAGCUAUUAAUUGAUUUGAUCCUACAGCUGUUAUCAGAAAGCAUACCACUCAGUUUAUUACUCAACAAUAAUAAGAAAGGUCUGGAAGUAAAAGUUUUUAAUCAAUUACUUUUUGCUAUUGAAAACUUUAGCAUAGAUCUGAAAUAUUGUUGCCUAAAGUUUUUCCUUCAGUUGAUACAGAAUAUGAAUGAAGUAUCCAUUGUCAAGUUCAAAAUCCUUUUCUCAAGUGUGUAUAGUAAAAUGUUAUCUUGUAUUGAAGCACUUGUUCAAUCUAUGAGUGUACUUUAUGAAAAAUCUGAAGUUAACAAAAUACUUCUUAGUAAUUUAAAUAAAAUUUUCUUGGAACUGUUAAAAGAUAUAGAAUAUGAUCUUGAAAUGGAAAACAGAAAUGUUUUGAUAGCAAUCUGCACCACAAUACUGAACAAAAAUGUGAACAAGAUCUUUGAUAAAGAACUAAAGCUAUAUUGCCUAUCACUAAGCAGUAAACUUGAUUUUCCUCAAAACUUGAUAAAUAUUAGUGACAUGGAUGCUUUUCAGAUUGAAAAACUGUCUGAUUGCUACUGUGACCAAAUUGUGAAAUAUAUUAAAAGCAAUGCCACAAAGAAAGUAGAUUUACAUGAAAAUUGGCACUACAAAGAAAUAAUGACAGUUAUUGCAUUAGUUCAGGCUUAUGAAAAUUUGAAAGUUGAUGGAUUCCUAAUAAAUCAUCAUUUGGCAAGAUGUUAUGCUAGUUUGAGAAUACUAGAAAAAGUUGAUGCAGAAACUAAAAAACUUGUAGAGAAUAAGCCUGUGACCUUAUUAAAUAAGUCAGCUAUUUUAAAUAUUUGGACAACUUUAACCCAACUAAUAAAGGACCAUAAAAAUAUGAUAAUUAGCAAUGAGUGUACAAAAGAUUUGUUUAUGAACACAGUUCUCAGUACAGUAAAUUUAUGUGAAACAAUGACUAAUGAAAAUAAAAAUAUGGUACAACAAAUAUUAUGUUUCCAAAACACUCCUCAAUUUACUGAGCAUAAUUUCGCAUGUUUCAAUGAUGAUACAAGAUUACAAAUUUUAAAGUAUCUUUUAAUUGCUAAACUUUAUUUAAAUACUAAAGUUAAUGAUACUUGGGACAGAAGUAUUACCUUUUUGUAUAACUCAGUUGUAAAAAAUAAAGGUCCUAAUACAAUUAAAGAGAUUAUUGGAUUAUGCCCUCUUCUUCUUAUCAACAAAGUGCAAUCUGAUAGUAAAAUGAUAGGGGACAUAUUGAUGCCAGCAUUCAUGACAAAAGAAGCAGACAUUCAAAAGGAAGUUUUAAAAUCAUUAUCAGCCAUUGCAUGCCCAUCAUUAGGAUCAUACUGUGUUAUUUUAGACACUGCUAAAAAACAUAUGGGAAAGGAGCUGUUUGGUAGCAAAACUAACAAAAGUAUUGCUAUAUGUCUUUGUUGUACAAAGUGCGAUAAUAUUAAUGAAUCCCAAUUAAGUACCAACUAUAAAACAUGCGUAGUACAAGAGAAUGUAAUACCAGCAAGUAAAAUUUCUACAUAUGAUGUUGUCAAACAAUUGUUUGGCAAAUUUUUAAAUAUGCAGCUAUGCAAGGAUAUUGAUGACGAAUACUGGGACUUGGUAAAAGUAUUAUGUAAUCACUUUUACAUAUUUGAUUAUGGCGUUUCCCCUAAAAUUAUCAGUGACAAACAUUUGAAGGAAGUUCUGCAGGUUUUCAAACCUCUCAUUGAUGAUAACCACUGUGAAAAAUAUCCAGAAUGGAUCACCAAUCAAGAAACUGUAGUGAAUAUAUGUAUAAAUCAUCUAGUGCAGUCUACAAAAAUAAGUUUACAAAACAAUGACUACAACCAACAGACGGAUACAUUGUGUCGAAUUAAAGAUUUAGGUUUAUGUCGAAAUGAUAAAUUACUUUUGCCUGUUACAAAACUUCUUGUUUACUUCAUAAUGCAUCCGCAGUGCUCUCUGGCAUCAAAAGCGAUUGUCUAUUUAAGGGACAUUUGUGAAUUCCACGAAAAAACUCCAAACCAAGUUUAUCACAGAUACAAGAAAGAUUACUGUAAACUUUUUGUUGAAUGCAGUCUCUACAAUGAAAAAGAUUUUGCGAUAUACUUGCUGAAAGUUGUGAGAGCAUUUGGAUUUGUUGGAUACAGAGAUUUUAUAUCAAAAGACAUUCACCAUUUCUUGCCCUAUUUAAUACCUUAUUCGGUAGUUGUAAAAGAAGUUCCAUCAAUGAUUGAAGAGAUUGCUGCCCUUGUCCAAUGUUCAGUGUCAGAAUUUCUUAUAGAGAGGUUUCCACACAUAUAUGUCCACGUUUAUUUAACUGAGUCAAAAGAAACAUCGAAAAAGUGUUACGACAUAAUCGAGAAACUAACGAAGUCCUCUAUUUUAAAUCUAAUAAACAAGCAUUUUAGAGUGAUACUAACUGAAUUUUUGUUACAAUACUGCGUUAAUCCAGAAGGGGUUUUGAAUGCCUGCAGAUAUUUAGCCCGCCAUGAUCCGGAUGCGUCGACUUCUCACGGUAGUAUGAGCAUGAGCAGAAGGCAGAUAGCAGAUUUUCUGAAUCCAAAAUUUUUGGGCGUUUUGGCAUAUUUUGAUCAUAAACUGGCCAAUGCCAAAGUCGCUUUGUCAGUUAAGCGCAAAGCACUGAAGAGUUUCCCUGAUAUAAUGCAAUUGAUGGGCGCUAAGUACUUAACACCCUUGAGAUUUAAAGUCCUUGCCACAUUGAAGUCUGCGUUGCCACUAGCAAAAGAGUUUCCGAAAAUUCUGGCUGAAGCGUGGGGCGCCUUUAUACAUAAUAUAGACAGCAUAUCUUUGGGUCCUCUUCUCUCAAACUUAGCCGUGUCGUUGUUGCAACAGUUCAAAUAUGCACCACAAGAAAUAAAUAAAAUUUUCCAGUAUUUAAUACUCAAUAAUGAAAAUUUAUUAAGUUCACACAUUUCGGAUUUGUUCUUCCUCGAAAAUUCCAAUAUAUCUGAAAGAGUUAAAACUGUCAUUAAAAAACAUGUAAAGAGAGCACAACCAGAAUCUUUUCAGGAAAAGAUUAAAUGGUACCUGCAGCAUUUGAAUCAUGAUAUUUGUAACAUAAAAGCUUACGCUUUUCUGCACAUGGACAGCUUGUUAAAGAGCAACAGAUCGGAAAUACACAAAGCAAUAUUUGGUGGCAAAAAUAUAGAACCAUUCAUAGUGGAUCUCAUUGAUCACUUGCUUAUUGGUUGUAAAGAUUCGGAUCCUCAAGUAUGUCUUGCAAGCGGAUCAUGUUUUGGUCAGCUAGGAGCUAUAGAGCCAGGUCAUCUGCCGAGACAAUAUGUACAACCGGAUAGAUCGCCUUUCGCCUUCUCUAUAAAUGAUACCUGCUUUGCGGCCACUGCACUCGUUGAACUGACUCGAGCAUUUCAGUAUGAGAAGGAUACUAUGAACAUGGAUUGUUAUGCGCUAACAAUCCAAGAAAUACUAAAGAUCAAUGACAUAUCACCAACUGGAUCUAAAAAAGAUGUAUGGAACAGCUUUCCCGAAAAUAUGCAUCAGAUAAUGUAUCCACUACUAAGUUCCAGGUAUACAUUGGCCUAUCCUUCUCAACCGAAAAAAAAUCAUCCUCUAUUUGGAUCUGUUUAUGCAACAUCAUUUCUGGAAUGGGCUCACAACUGGACAGGUCAAUUGAUACCUCUGAUCCAGUCUCAAAACAUUCGCGAACUAUUGCGUACAGCGCAUCCGAGUAUGCGUCGUGACGUUCGAACUCUAUUCCUAUUUCUGCCAUACGUGCUACUUCACGCAAUAAUGUCUAAAACAGCUAAUAUGCCAUUUAUACAGGAGGAAAUCUUAGCUGUGAUCGGUAGGUUUGAAAAUCUGGAAAAUGAAACCCAACCUGUAGUAGAAAAAUCAAAAUACAAAAUGUUACGUCAUAUCAGAAUGACUCCAAAUAUAAAUUCAAUACAAGCUGAGGAAGGGAACCAAAGUAAAUGCAGCAAGACAGUGUAUAAUCUAUUGGAUUUCUUGAAUCGUUGGCUACUAGAAUGGUGUCACGUAACCCAAAAACCUUUAGAAAACGAAAAUUAUAGAUCUAUCAAGAAAUUCAUGGAAAAAUUUGAUAAGCUUGCCAUUGCUCGAGGAAAUUAUUCUUGCGGGGAAUUUGAAAGGGCUUUACAAUACUUGGAACUGUAUAUGGAUGAAAAAAAGGAUAGCAUUCAAGAGCAAUUACCAUUGCUGGCAGAAAUUUACGCUCUUUUGGACGAACCGGACUCUGUGGCUGGAAUACUAACUCUAAAGAGAUCGGAGCCAUCUCUGAAAGAGUUGAUACUGACUCAAGUUGUGACAGGUCGUUUGCAAGAUGCCGCUUUGUGUUACGAGAGAUUGGCUCAGGAAGGGCAACUCGAUCGCAAUAGUUUGCAGGGCAUGAUAGAUUGCUAUCUUGGUCUAGAUCAGCCGUUUACAGCGUAUCGAUUGCUUAGUGAACACGACUCCGAAGAUAUGAUGGAAUUGACUGCCGAACCUUUGUGGAGAUUGGGCAGAUUUGAACAGUUGGAUGAAUUGGCCAAGAAACCUGUGCCACCAUCUCGCGAAAACUGGGGGCUUCUGAUGGGCAGAGUCCUUCUAGCGUAUCGCAAUCAAGAUCAUGACCUCUUUAAGAUCUCCUGCGAUAAUGCAAUGAACCGUUUACUAUCACAAAUGGACGGUGAGAGUCGUGGUGAAAGCGCUUUACGGAGUGGAUAUCAGAGUAUACUCGGACUGCAUAUUAUCACGGAGGCUUCACACGCUGAAGAUAUUCUGCAACGGCUCAAAGAUUUAGAAGACGGCAAUAGACAAAGCAGAGACAUAGUGAAUCAGCUUUUAAGUGAAUGGCGACAGCGUCUGUCCGUCGUUCAGUACGAUGUUCGAACUGUUGAACCACUCUUGAGGAUUCGUAGAAUAUUGUUGCAACAGACACAGGAGCUAUUGGAACCAACUCACCCCGUGACGGCGAAUAAGCUAAAAACAUGUAUAGGCGACUUAUGGCUGCAAAGCGCAAAACACGCUAGAAAAGCAGGCGUUUAUCAACAGUCGUACAUGUAUAUUCUAAACGCUGAGGAAUACAAGCCUGAAGAGCUUUUUAUCGAAAAGGCUAAGAUAUAUUGGGCUCGCGGGCAACAAGAACAAUCGUUUACUACGCUCAGAAGGGGGCUCGAUGAAGCUUAUCCUCAGAUAGAGAACCUUACUCAGGAACAAAGAAAAAUUUGUGCUAAAGCUAGGCUUUUAAUAGCGAAAUACAACGACGAAACAACGAAUGUUGACGUCGAUGUCAACAUCGGUUACUACAAUGAGUCAGUUGAAGUGUUCAAACAGUGGGAGAAGAGUUUGGUUUGUUUGGGAUCCUACUACGAGAAAGUUAGUACGACUGAGACAGCUAACAACACAAGUACGUUAUGGUCUCGACGCCUGUACGCGCUUAAUAGCUACGGCAAGGCGUUGCAGUAUGGACACAAGUAUUUGUACCAGAGUAUGCCCCGGAUGCUGUCCAUAUGGUUAGACGUUGAAGUUACCUCAGCUGAUACAAGCAUACACGCAGUACUGGCCCAAAUGACUGAAGUUAUAAAGAAUUACUCGGAACGAUUGCCUAUAUACCUUUACUUGACUGCAUUCUCUCAAAUUGUGUCUAGAAUCUGUCACCCUGUUAAGGAGGUCUAUUUACAAUUAAAAGCGAUAAUAGUCAAGCUAAUAUUGGCAUAUCCACAACACACGCUGUGGAUGAUGAUGUGCGUCAUCAAGUCCAGUUACCCUCAACGGAUGAAGCGAUGUGCCGAUGUCUUCUCUGACUCGAGGCUGAAGGAACCGCAGAUGCUGAAACUUGUGUGUGACUUCACACAGUUGGCUGAGAAGUUGAUUGAGCUGUGUAACAAACCUAUUGUGGGCAGCGGCUCAACAACGACUGUGACGUCACUCGUGCGCACCUUGCCACGCCUCCUCGCUGCGGAAAAUUUUAGUCACAUCAUGAUGCCAUUCCAGGAAUUCUGUAAGAUAGUUCUGCCCUCAAAAGCGGCCCGACAAGAGCGUAUAGAUUUCAACAUACCAACAGAACCGCCAGUCUACAUCGCUGGUAUUGAAGAGCAGAUUAAUAUUAUACCGUCACUGCAAAAACCAAGGAAAGUUACAUUAAAAGGUUCAGAUGGAAAGUCCUACAUAAUCAUGCUAAAGCCCAGAGACGAUCUUCGCAAAGACUACCGCUUGAUGGAGUUCAACGUAGUCGUGAACAGAUUCCUCCAGGACGCCCCGGAAACUCGGCGUAGACGACUUUACAUACGCACUUACAGCGUGUUGCCAUUGAAUGAGGAGUGUGGCCUUAUCGAAUGGGUGCCGAACCUUGUGGGGUUGCGGCCUAUUCUCGUACAUAUUUACAAACAAAAAGGUAUCCAUACAAGCAACCGGGAACUGAAAGAAAUGAUGUGUUCCAUUAGAGACCCGGUGGAAAAGAAGCGUAGGAUUUACGAGGAACAACUUUUACCUCGACAUCCACCCGUUUUCCAGGAGUGGUUCCGAAGAGUGUUCUCUGACCCCUAUGGAUGGUACCAGGCAAGAUCUGCUUACAUAAGGACAACAGCGGUGAUGUCUAUGGUCGGAUAUAUUUUAGGCCUGGGCGAUAGACAUGGUGAGAACAUAUUAUUCGACUCGACAAACGGCGACACAGUCCACGUGGACUUCAACUGCCUCUUCAACAAGGGAGAGUCCUUCGAAUGGCCCGAACGCGUGCCUUUCAGACUUACGCACAACAUGGAGGCCGCUAUGGGACCGCUCAAACAUGAGGGCAUGUUCAGGAAGAGCUGCGAAGCCGUGAUGCACGCGUUACGCGCGCAGACCGCAGCGCUCAUGUCCGUGAUUGGGCCGUUUGUGUACGACCCGCUGGUGUCGUGGGGGCGCGGCCGCUCCGUGCCGCUGGAUUGCGGCGAGCGCACCAACGAGCAAGCGCUGCAGCAUCUCAGCCAUAUCCGACAACGGCUUAAUGGGAUGGUGAAGACGAAAAACAAGCAACUGUCGCUUUCACUGUCGCCGGAAGGCCAAGUGGAGCAUCUGAUCGUCGAAGCCACAAGCAUACACAAUCUCUGCCAAAUGUAUAUUGGAUGGGGUCCUUUUCUGUGAUACUGUGUGAUUUUACUAAGUUAGUUAUGUGCCAUUGAAGAAGCGUGUAAAAGUACCUACUAAAGUUGUGAUAAAGUUAAAUGUAAGCCUACCAAAGUGCCUUAUUUGAGAAUUACAAUAAAGCAAAUUCAAUUUA